CAUGGAAGGAUCAGAAUUUACCUCUGCCUGGAACCCAGAGGCACUACAGACAUAGGUCCACUUUCAGUUACAUCCUCACUGUAAUUUCUAAGCCAAACAGGUAAUGUGAUAUUCUCCUUUAAUCUUUCUGUGGUUCGGGUGACUGUAUUUUCUGAACAACAACAACAACAAAGUCAAAAUACUUGGUCAGAAUGGAAGUACUUAUGGGGACCAAGGGCCAGAGUGUUUGAAGUCCUGAGUGCCUGGGAAGCCCAGACUGUGUGUAGCUAUAGGGCCAUCUUUACUCUGAGUUUUCCAGCCUGGCAGGAUCAGGUGGACAGAAUUUUGUGUUAUGAAAAUAUCAUCUGCAAUUUAAUUUGAAAUACUUUAACAGCAUGAUAUGUGUGUGUUGUUUUUAAUUGCUAUCCUAGCAAUGGUAAAAUAACAGUUGAAAUGCCCUGAUGAGGAAUACAAACUCCAGGAGAGGUUGAUUAGCUGUUGCAAGGUUCUAAGUAGGUGUCCACUCUUUAAAGAGCUUUGAACGUCUUUAUCUCCAAUCAACGUUGAGACUAUAUAGGUUUUCCUUUGGUGAAAUACACAGUAUGUGUGGUGUACUGAUUGGCAACAAAUACUGUGCAGAGGUCACCUAUUCCUUCAUGACAGGAUAUAGAAACCUAGGGAACCAAAUGCAUAUAUGCCCUUUAUAAUGGUGCUCUGGUUUAGAUGACAAAACCUAUGGAUUCAUAAAGUUAUUUGAGGAUUGCUAUUGUGAAGAUCUGUUGAAUCCUGCCCCUAAAAUAUUACUUCCCAAGUACGGAAUGAAUCUUUUAUGAAAGGUUUGGGAAGAGUACCUAGAACCACAGGGAGCUGGGGCUUUAUCAAGGGUUACAGAACAGUUUAUAUAGCUGUUUUUGAGUGUACCUGCUAUUAAAUGUUUGCAUGAACAACAGAAUAAAUCUGCCUAUAUGUUAUUAUAACAUAAAGUUGUGCAGUAGAACUUACAAUAUUAUGACAUGUUAAACAAAUGACAUCUACAAAGAGUGACAGAGGUAUUCUGCUAAUAGAUUCCUGCUUUGAAAAUCCUCCUGCUCCAAUAAUUUUCAAACUCUAUUCUGAUUUGGGAAGGAGAGGCGAGUCCUUGGAUGAACGGGUUAAAACAAGGUAUGAGGUAGCUGAGGCUUGGGAAAGGCUUCUGCGGAACACCAUGCAGAGCAUUUGCUCAUCUCUACAGUGCAAGUCAGGAUAUCAGAAGCUUGACCCCAACCACGACAAACUGGGAUUGGAGAGGGGUGCAAUUAUUUGCCAAAAUGGUUGGGAGAGGGGGAGAAAUUUUUAUUUCUUUGGGUAAAAAUAUGCAAUAAUAGCAGAAUUAAACACCAAUUUACAUAACUUGAAGAAAGCUCUUCUUGGCUCACAGAUUUAGAAAUCAAUAAAUAAGGAUAGGCAACAUUUAUUGCAGACAAUCUACUCCUUGUGCUAAGUAUUUUACAUACAUCAUCUCAUGAAUGUAUGUACAUUUCCAUACAAUUCUAUAAGUGGAUGCUUUAUUCCUAUUUUAUAUGUAAGGAAAGUGGAGCGCAGAGUUCACGCCAUUAGGUGUUUGUAAACCAAAGCUUACUCUUUUUUACCUACCACCUAUAUCCCUAUAUCCUCUAACUGGAAAGGAUGGGACAAGUCAAUUUCAACAUGAGCGAGUGAGCUUAAUUUGUUUACAGGAGUUGCCCAACGACAGGGCAUCAGGAUCUUUAAAACGUGACACAUUUUAAUGCUUUGGUACACUCCUAACUUCAGGACCUCCAUUUCUAGCACCCCUUCAGUACAGACCUCCAGUGGAGCGAGACUGCUAGAAAGGGAGCGGCUCUUUUUGCAGGCGAGCCAAUGAGAUGUCUGGAUCUUGUGAGCGGCAUGUGUUUGUCCAAUGGGCUCUGCGCUGAGACCCGCGAGGGGACCGGAAAUUCGGGUCUGAGCAUGUGGGCCCUUGGGUGUGGCGGCUGCGUUGAGCGCAGGGUAUUUCUAAGCCCUGCAGAGGCAGGCGAGGGCUCUGGCCUUGGUGAGUGAUGUCUACGCGGGUGUGGAAGGCCAGGGAGGCCGAGGUAGCUCCGGUACAGGCCAGUGGGCUUCGGCUGUAGCUCGUGGUGGCGCGUGGCCCUGCACGCCCACGGCCAACCUGACCCUCCCCCAAAGGCGCGAGGGGCCUUACACGCCCAGUGGGCCAGGAGCAGGAAGUGGUCAUUUGAGGCUGCGUGUGCGGGCGGACGCAGGACCUCGGACUUCAGGAGGUAGGAAGGUGGCCGCCUGAAGAGUGAGGGAACUCUCGCGGGGUUUGAGUGUUCGCACGUGUUAAUUGGACCGCAGUGGUGGGCAGGACCUCGGGUUUGGGGGAUGGUGCUUUUCUCAGAGGUGGAAGGCGGGUAGGAUUUGCCCUUGGGGUGGGGGCGGGGGCUUCCUUCCGGUUAGGCCCCAGUCCUAAUGGCCCAGCCGGGAGCUCGGGAGCUCGCAGCUGGAGGUGGGAAGGUAGGCCUCGCCUAGGACCUUGUCCUUUUGGACCUUGCCUUGUUCGCUGAUCAAAGAAGGGCAUUCUGGAGCGGAUGCCCACCUCUGUUAUCGUGAUGACGGAGGAGUGGGGAGCAAGGAAGAUUCCAGAAGUCCUUAAUUGGUAGGGGUUAUAACACUUCUCAGUGUGUCUCAUGUAGGCACCUGAUUGUUCUGGAUUACACAGGUGGUGCUGGGAAGGUGUGAGCCAAAAGGCCAGGCUCACUGAAAAGGAGCUUAAGAAAUUAAAGGGGAGAGUCUUUGAGAAAGGGAGACAUAUCCUGGUUUUUUUAGUGUAAAAGAAGAUAGCUCAGUUAAAAAUCUUUUCGACCGAUCCCGGACCCUCCACCUAUCGUUUUGGCUUAAGAAUUGUGUGUUCUUUCUUUACAUGCGUGACCCGAUUUCUCUGUACCUAACUCGUAAGACAGGUUUGCAAAAGUUAAGGAGCUUAAGUUUUCAGUUAAGAAAGGUUUCUUCGGGAUCGGGGUGGGUGAGGACAAUGAAGGAGGACCCCUUAGGAAGGAUUCCUGAAAUCUGUAGUGAUUUUGAAGAGUACCUGAGAUUUGGGAGGCCGGAAAGAGCCUCAUUCCAUUACCUAGGGGAGAAAAAAGUGUUAAAUCUCCCCUGACAUUCAGCAGGUAUUGUAGGCUCAAAGCAGAAAGGGUCUGUACCCUGGAGACCUUAGUUUGGUGGAGUUUGAAAAGCUUUAUAGGAAGGAAUGGGACAAGAUGCAGAGAAGCUGCUAAGGACAUCAAAGAGGAGAUGGAAUAAUUGAAUGUGAUAAUGAGCUGGCAAAAAUUAGCUCUCUGGUAAAGGAAAAAGGUAAAAAACAAAGCAAACCCAUAACUAUUUAUUGACAUAAUUACAGUAUGUCUGUGCUAACUAUUAGUUUUCUAAUGCUCAUACAUAAACUGUACUUCUGUCUAAAACAGGUCGUUAACAUAUGGGACUGAGCUCUCCAGGGGGUUGUUUGGGUAGGAAACAGGAAAAUUCAAGGAGGACUUAACCUCUAAGGGGAGUAUUUAGAAUAUUCUGGGCUAAAUAGAAACUUUUGAUGUGACCACGAUGUAGGAGGCUGGUUGUAUCACUGGUCUGACCAAAAGUAAGUCUGUCUUUAAUAAUUUGUGAGUCUGUCUUGAAGGAAAAGGAAAACGAUCGGGAAUGUUUAAUUUUUGCAAAAUGCUGGCAGGUAAUUAACCAGAACAGGAUCGACAACCGUGUUCUCUGCAGCCUUCCAAUGGAUCCUGUCCGACCACCCUUCAGGGGCCCUUCCCCUGGGCACCCGUUUGAGUGUGUACGGAUGCCAGGCUCUUGGCCACAAGCUCCUAAACCUUUGGCCUCCACCCUGGGCAGAGCAAGACCUGUAGGCAGAGGCUGCCUGUUUGGAAAACCAGAGGAGCCAAGAUCACAGAGCGGGCUUGUGCAAAGGGAAUCCGUGGGUUUGGUCUCCAUGUUCCAAGGACUAGGCCUUGAAACAGAGUCCCAGACCCCUGUGAAACGGGAGGUGCCUUCUUUAGGCAGAGGCAUUUUAGGCCGAGGCUUGUCUAUCAGUGUGGUGCACAAGGAAAAAGAAGAACCCCGUCCUGCUUUUCUGGACUCAUCAGUGUUGGCAGCCGGGGAUAGCAAGAUGGCAGAGGCCUCCAUUGGUUGGAAUAGAAUGCUUGGAAGAGGGAGUUCAGACAUGCCUGUGUUGCCAUUGGGAAGAGCAGCUGGUGGCAUAGGCAGAGGCGUGUACAAGGCUCCUGGUGCUGUCAGCGUGCCUUCUUGCGGUCCUGCCCAGCAGCCGUCACUGCCACUGCUGCCCCUGUCCUCGCUACACUCUCUGGAUCACCUUCCAUUGGGGACUGCAGAGCACCAAAAAAAAGAGCUUUUUAUGAAGCAAGGGUCAAAAGGAAAACCUCAACCUUUGGGAUUGAACCUUAUCAAAAUACAGUGUCAUAAUGAAGCAGUUUAUCAGUAUCAUGUGACUUUCAGCCCCAAUGUGGAGUGCAAAAGCAUGAGGUUUGGCAUGUUGAAGGACCAUCAAGCUGUCACUGGAAACGUCACUGCUUUUGAUGGAUCCAUUCUCUACCUGCCUGUUAAGCUUCAACAAGUUCUUGAGUUAAAAAGUCAAAGGAAAACCGAUGGUGCUGAGAUCAGCAUUAAGAUUCAGUUGACCAAGAUCCUGGAGCCCUGUUCUGACUUGUGCAUUCCCUUCUACAAUGUUGUUUUUCGUCGAGUAAUGAAACUUUUAGAUAUGAAGCUUGUGGGGAGGAACUUCUAUGACCCGACAAACGCUAUGGUACUGCAGCAACACAGAUUGCAGAUCUGGCCAGGCUAUGCAGCUAGCAUUCGGAGGACAGAUGGUGGUCUCUUCCUGCUAGCUGAUGUCUCCCAUAAGGUCAUUCGCAAUGAUUCUGUGCUGAACGUCAUGCAUGCCAUUUAUCAGCAGGACAAAGAAAACUUCCAGGAUGAGUGCACUAAGCUUCUGGUUGGCAAUAUUGUUAUAACCCGAUACAACAACCGUACCUAUCGUAUUGAUGAUGUGGAUUGGAAUAAGACUCCAAAAGAUACCUUCACCUUGUCUGAUGGGAAGGAGAUCACAUUCUUGGAAUACUACAGCAAAAACUAUGGGAUCACAAUUAAGGAAGAGGAACAGCCACUGCUGAUCCACAGACCCAGUGAGAGACAGAAUAGCCAAGGGACGCUGCUAAAAGGUGAAAUCCUGCUGCUGCCUGAGCUCUCCUUCAUGACUGGGAUCCCUGAGAAGAUGAAGAAGGACUACAGGGCCAUGAAGGAUUUGACCCAGCACAUCAACCUGAGCCCCAAACAGCACCAUAGUGCUUUGGAAUGCUUGAUACAGAAAAUUUCAAAGAAUGAGACAGCCAACAAUGAACUAACACGUUGGGGACUCUAUCUGCAGAAUGAUGUACAUAAGAUUGAAGGACGUGUUCUGCCAAUGGAAAGAAUUAACUUAAGAAAUACUUCGUUUAUCACAUCACAGGAAGUAAACUGGACUAAGGAAGUGACCAGAGACCUUUCCAUCUUGACUGUCCCCAUGCAUUUCUGGGCACUUUUUUACCCAAAGAGAGCAAUGGACCAGGCCCGAGAACUGGUCAGCAUGUUAGAGAAGAUAGCUGGCCCCAUUGGCAUGCGCAUGAGUCCGCCAGCCUGGGUCGAACUAAAGGAUGAUCGAACCGAGACCUAUGUCAGAACCAUUCAAUCCAUGCUGAGAGCAGAGGGGAAGAUCCAGAUGGUCGUGUGCAUCAUCAUGGGCACACGUGACGACCUCUAUGGGGCCAUUAAAAAGCUGUGCUGUGUGCAGGCUCCAGUGCCUUCGCAGGUCAUCAAUGCCCGAACCAUUGGUCAGCCCACCAAGCUUCGGAGUGUGGCACAGAAAAUUUUACUUCAGAUUAACUGCAAAUUGGGUGGUGAGCUCUGGGGAGUGGAUAUUCCUCUGAAACAGUUAAUGGUGAUCGGGAUGGAUGUUUACCAUGACCCCAGCAGGGGCAUGCGCUCUGUGGUCGGCUUCGUGGCAAGCAUCAACCUCACCCUCACAAAGUGGUUUUCACGAGUGGUAUUCCAGAUGCCGCAUCAAGAGAUUGUGGACAGCCUGAAGCUGUGCCUGGUGGGCUCCUUAAAAAAGUUUUAUGAGGUGAACCACUGUCUCCCAGAGAAGAUUGUGGUGUACCGCGAUGGAGUGUCUGACGGCCAGCUAAGGACAGUUGCCAACUAUGAGAUUCCUCAGCUACAGAAGUGUUUUGAAGCUUUUGAGAAUUACCAGCCCAAGAUGGUGGUAUUUGUAGUUCAGAAGAAAAUCAGCACCAAUCUGUACCUGGCUGCUACCGAGCACUUUGCAACUCCCUCCCCCGGGACUGUGGUAGAUCAUACAAUCACCAGCUGCGACUGGGUGGACUUCUACCUCCUUGCCCACCAUGUACGACAGGGCUGCGGCAUUCCUACACACUACGUGUGUGUUCUCAACACUGCGAACCUGAGCCCUGAUCACAUGCAGAGGUUGACUUUCAAACUGUGCCACAUGUACUGGAAUUGGCCUGGCACCAUCAGAGUUCCAGCUCCUUGCAAGUAUGCGCACAAACUGGCUUUCCUGUCAGGACAGAUCUUGCAUCAUGAGCCAGCCAUCCAGCUGUGCGAGAACCUGUUCUUCCUGUGACCGGGCCACCCGGAUAUGGGCUGAUUAGAGGGAUUAGACUUCUGAGCUCAGCUGUGACUCCUGCAGGAUCCAGGGGUUUUCAUGUUGAUGUUUUCCCUUUCGCCAGCCUAGUAGGAUAAGAUACUUUUUUGCCUGUUUUUUUCUCUUUUAAACCUGGUAUCACCAAGAAGUGAGUUCCAUUCUAAGUAUCAGCUGGAAAUUGCCUGGUUGCCUUUGUAAAGUAAACGGGGGUGAUAGUGCUGCUGUGCACAGGACCCUUGAAGGACUUGCAGAGCCAACAGGAGCUGCAGAACCACCAGUCACACAUAGCUCUGCUCACUAAGCAGGUCCUAUUUCUGGUACCGGAAGUGAUAAUGAAGUCACUGCCACCACCAAAUUUCUUAAAGCAGAGAGUUACUUUAUCUGGGCAACUGGGAAAAGUAAUAACAACGCCUAUGAGGCAAAGUUUUUCAGGAUACUGCUGUUACUGGCAAGUGUGACACAUACUAGGAAAACCAGCUGGUGGUAUAAUCAGGCCCUUGCUGGCCUGAUCUCUGGGGAUUGAGUGUGUGGCACCUGUAACCUGAGCAGACCUUGAAAGGUGGUUCAGGUCUCCCCUGUGAGAGGCCAGGUAAUGUUUUUCUGUGUAUUUCAGUUACUUCACAGUAGACCAUGGUGAUUUCUUCCUCUGCCCACCACAUCUUUGUUCUUUGUAACUGAUUUUUAUUUUUCAGUUUUUAAUUUCUUUUUUUUUAUUUUAGAGAGAGAGAGAGAGAGAGAAACAUUGACUUGAUUCACUUAUUCAUGCAUUCAUUGGUUGAUUCCUGUAUGUGCCCUGACUAGGGUGUCAAGCCUGCAACCUUGGUGCAUCAGGACAAUGCUCCAACCAACUCAGCUACCUGGCCAAGGCCAUAAAUUUCAGUUUUCAAAUUAAGAAUCAGAACAGGUGAAAUUAAACCACAAGGAAGGUUUAUGAUGCGGUGUAAGCUUUUCUUGAACCUUUCUCCCGGUUGUAUGGCCUUCUUUUCUGUUGCUAUAUGUUUGUAAAUUGAAUCAUUCAUUUUCCUAACUCAAUAACCUUUUCCUGGAUGUUGGCUCAUUUUGUUAGGAAAUUUUCUGAAUCCAGGGUGAAGUUGGCUUUGGAAAGCAUGAAACUUCUGCCAAAGUGCAGACAUUUCAGUUGAGAAAGUUGUCACUGUGCCUGUGGGUUUCAGUGUUUGGGGGAAGCACUGGUUUUUAUGUUUACUUUCCCUGUUUUAAAAUCUUCUUUCAGUCCUUUCAGGAUUACUUCAUUCUUACUGUGCUUUAAGUGGGUUUUAAAAUCCAGUUUUAUUUAACCUUUUCAAAUUUUUACUUACUUAAUUUGUGGAGUGAUGGCAGGAGGGGAAAAGUCAGAAAUUCCUAUUUUAUAUGACAGUAAGAAGAGAAACUUCAGCUUAAAACUCCUCAGAAGAAAACCAAGCAAACUGUCGGUUUGUCACAGAGCUCAGCAGCAGUUGAGGAGCUCUGGGUAUUGCUGGUCCUCAAGUGCACCCUGGUCUUGUGUGGAGUGCAGAACGUGCAGGGGAAGACCUGGAAUGUAAAAACCAUAGGAUCAAGAAAAUUGGAGCACUGGUCUCUGUCAGUGUUCUCUUUGGAAGCAUUUGGAGUUGCUCUUCAGAAGUUGGAUUUCUUAAUACUCAUUUUUCUCUUACAUAAUAAAAAAACACUUCAAUAUAA